AUGGCCACCUCCACCCUGUCCGUCUGUUCCAGCGACCUGAGCUACGGCAGCCGCGUCUGCCUGCCCCGCUCCAGUGACUCUUGCACUGACACCCCUUGGCAGGUGGACGACUGUCCAGAGAGCUGCUGUGAGCCCUCCUGCUGUGCUCCCAGCUGCUGCCCGCCCACCUGCUGUGCUCCCAGCUGCUGCCCGUCCACCUGCUGUGUCCCCAGCUGCUGCCCGUCCUCCUGCUGUGUCCCCAGCUGCUGCCCGUCCACCUGCUGUGCUCCCAGCUGCUGCCCGUCCACCUGCUGUGUCCCCAGCUGCUGCCCGUCCACCUGCUGUGCCCCCAGCUGCUGCCCGUUCACCUGCUGUGUCCCCAGCUGCUGCGCACCAGCCUCCUGCCAGACCUUGGUCUGCACCCCAGCCUGCUGCACGCCCAUGUGCUGCACGCCCGUCUGCUGCAGGCCCGCGUGCUGUGUGCCCGUCUGCUCUGGGGCCGCCUCCUCGUGCUGCCAGCCCACCCCCUGCCCCUCGGCCUGCUGCAGGCCCUCCUCCUGCGUGUCCCUCAUCUGCCGCCCCGUGUGCAGACCCGCCUGCUGCGUGCCCGUCUCCUCCUGCUGUGGCCCCUCCUGCUGCCAGCCCAGCUGCUGCCGCCCGGCCUCCUGCGUGUCCCUGCUCUGCCGCCGUGCGUGCUCCCGCCCGGCCUGCUGCGUCCCCGCCUCAGCCCAGAAGGCCUGCUGCUGA